AUGCCUCUUCAUAUGCCAUACCAUUCAACCAUGGAGAAAGAAAUUAUCAAAGCUGCUGGUAUCUUAGACUCUUGUUUCCGUUCAACCAUUAGUGCUGAUUCAGCCAUUCCCGCUGAAUUGAUUCGAAAUGCUGCAGGUCUUGCCUUCCUUACAGUUGUUAAAGCUGGUUUUGUAUGGACUGGUAAAAUGGGUACAGGCGUCGUUAUGGCCCGACUUGCUGAUGGCACCUGGUCACCUCCAUCAGGCAUUGGUACAGCAGGAAUGGGCUUUGGUGCUGAAGUUGGUGGAGAGAUCAUUGACUUUCUUAUUGUAUUGGGAUCUCCUAGUGCUGUCCAGACAUUUAAAAAGGGCACCCAAGUGUCGGUUGGUGCUGCAUUAGAUUUAGCAGUGGGGCCCGUGGGUCGAUCAGCUGGUGCCAAUGUUAACGCUGGAGGAGGAGGUGUCAGUGGCAAUUACACGUACAGUCACGCCAAGGGCGUGUUUGCUGGAGCAGGACUUCACGGCUCGACCUUCCUGGUCCGUGGUGAGAUGAACAGUCAGUUUUAUGGCCGUAAGGUCACUCCCAAUGAGAUUCUGAGUGGAAAAGUUGCUCCACCAUUGGGAUCAUGUGACAUUCUGUUUGAUGCAAUACGUCGUGCAUGUAACGAGCAAGGACUGAGUGGACGCAAUGUAAACUUGGUUGGUGGUAGACGUAGUAGCACUAGUACUAGCUACCAUGGCAGCAAUGGAACCCCGGAUGCUGCCGAUCAUGCUGCUGCAGCUCAUGCGACUUCGCUCGUGGCUAAUAGGUCCUCUUUGCACUCUAGUUCGUACCGUGAACAGUACGUGACCCCGUCGUUGUCGUCGACGUCGACGUCGACGACCUUAGCAAUGGCGAGUACCGUGCAGCCGGAUCCGAACGACCCACGGAUACGACGAUACAGCUCAUACAAAUCGGAACGGGAACUCUAUGCACAGUUUGAGCAACGGAAAAGUGCCGCACCGACCGAGUCUACACACUCUCAUCCGACAAAUCCGUCAUUGAAGUAUAAAUCUUACCCUGCUCCAGCCCCCAAUGCGGCAUACACAGCGCCUGCACAGGCACAAGCUAUGUAUGAUUCGUUCGUGAAGCCAUCGGCGCCGAAGGCCCCGCAGCAGCCUGUGCCUCCUCUCCCAUCACCUGCAAAGGGCGCUGAGAUGAAGCAGGUGUACUCGGACGUGAUAAAUUUUGUACAAACCAAUUGCCCGUACGCGAAACUACAGGUGUUUAAGGAUAAUUGCCGGCUCUUCGGCCAGGACGCAAUGUCGCUCGACGCAUUUUUCAGCUACUUGCUGUCAAUUUGCUCCCACGCACUCAUGAAGGAUCUCGUGCCUCAGUUAGUGCGCUUGCUUCCUACGCAGGAGAAACGUGAACGCCUUUGGACGUUGUAUGUGCGCGAAGUGCUUAUGAUCAAUAUCUGA